GAGCUUCGGUGGCGGCAGCAACGGGGGAAGAGCGGCGGCGACCGGCCGUCCACCCACCCGCACAUCGAGGCCAGGCUGACUCGGCGGCGGCGGCGGCGGCGGCGUCCCCCCGGCGAACUCCUUGGGAGCCGAUAUAAAGCGCGGCCAUGGACUACUAGGCGGAGGAGAGGAGGCGGCGGGCGCGCCAGGGAGCAGACGGGGGAAGCCGAGCAGGGCGGCCGAAGGCUCCGCGUUCGCUGCGGGAAGAGGCUCGGCCCAGGGCACCGUCGAGGGAGUAAGUGGGACACAUUCUCUUUCCCUGGAUUGUCCCCGCAAGUGCAAUGUGCAAACUUCUAAGGCCUUCAGUGCUGAUUGGGCUGAUAGCAUUGAUACUUUCAGCAGGACAUUGCAAAGAAAAACCAGAAACUGGCGUGGGGCUGAAGGAAAGACAGAACCUCUUAAAUCUGAUAAUGGAGAUCAUUCAAGAACUGAAAAAAUACCACCUAGAAGAGGAUGAAGAAAAUGGAGUGCAGUACAAGCAAGACUAUCCACCUCUUGACCAAAGGGAAAUGCCGGACUAUGGAACUUACACAGAGGAACAGAAAGUUGAAAUAUUUCCUAGAGACCUAAGAAUGAAAGACAAAUUUUUAAACCAUUUAACAGGUCACCUUUACUUUGGCCCAAAAUGCACUAAACACUUUCAUAGACUUUAUCACCAUACAAGAGAUUGUACCAUACCUGCAUAUUAUAAAAGAUGUGCCAGGCUCCUUACUCGGUUGGCAGUAAGUCCAAUGUGCACAGAAGGAUAAGGUAAGAUUAUUGAGAGCAACAAUUGCAUGCUGCCGCUGUGAGUAAUUCAUAAACAUUGGCAGAAUAUCUUUUGGACUGAAAUAUGCUUGUUUCCAAAAGCAUUUGGUAAAAUAUUUACCAUUAGAAAAACAUACCCGCUACUAGAAAGCAAUACAGUACAGACUCUCAGGAAACAACUGUGAAUUAUUCAUAGUAGUGUGCAGUUAGUAGUGUAUUGGGCAUAGCUAAUUUUUCAGGAAUUAAAUCAACUGCUAUUCCUUUCUAUUUAUACUGGAUACCUUUUUGUUGAUAUAAGAAGACAUUUUUAAUAUUAUAUAUGUGUACACCAUUCAUGAUAUAAUUCAGUAUGUAAAUGUUGCUUUUGUUAUACAUAGAAUGAAACAGCAUUAAAAUCUAUUUGCUUAUUCAGUAGCAAUUUGUAUUUGAAUUACUAUACUUGCUUAGCAAUACAGUAAAGCAAUACAGCAAUAUUGCACAGCAAUACCAGGAACUAUUGAUGCCCCCAAGGGAAUGACUGGAUUAUUUUCUCUCUAAAUCAAUAAUUUGAUAUAAAAGAAAUUUAAUACAAUUCCUUCUAUUUACAAUGUUCAAGUUGCCUAUGCUGUGCUUCAGAAUACCAAUCAGGAUAACCCUUGUGUAAAAGAAUGUUAUUAAUAAGUUUGGAAAGAAGAAAGUGUACAGCAGAGAUGCAAAUUGGCAAAUUGAACCUGGGAAUAUUCUACUCUACUUUUAACAUGGAUUAACAAAUUCAGAUUUUUAUACUAUGGAAAGUUUCUCUCACUUGUCUCAAUUCCCACAUUCCAAUAGGAACUGGAAAUAAUCUGAAUUAUUAUUUAACAGGAUUUAUGGAAAAUUAACGUGAAAUAUAGGAAAAGUAGUGUUUAAUCUUUUGUGUUUUUGUUUUACUUUAGAUGCUACUAUUAUCAAAGGAAAAAUAUAUAAAAAGAACCAAGAGAAGUGCCUUGGAAACUGACAGGGAAAUUGAACUUAGCAUUUUUGUAACAUAUGGCAUUAUGAAUCAGAGAUUUAUUUUUGGAAAUUGAUGGACUACUUCUCAUAAAACUUUAAAAAUGUGUUUUGUAUCCCAUCAUCACUGUUUACAGAUGCAUUCUUUUUAGUGAAAAACUACCCAAAGGCUAAUUAAUUGUUCAUGUUUUAUGCUUUAAAGUUGCUCUACAACAGUUGUGUUGUACUGCCAAAAAAGUAACAAGUACCAUCUUUUCAAGUAUAGACAUGUUUCCCGUUAAGAGACAUUACACCACACUGUCAAGGAAACCUGCCUAUGGAAGAAGCAUUAUUCAACAUCUUUCUCGCUUAUGCAACUGAAAAUGUUACGUUACAAACUUUUCCAUAAAGCUGUUACAAUGCUGGUCUACUAGACUGCAUGACAUAGGCAAGGGAUGAACAUGUUUUUAGGUUAGAUUCUGUAUCCACUCUGGAGUCACUUCUUUCCUGUGUAAUAGAAAUAUACAUUCCAGCUAAAUGUGCAAUAUGUACAUACUGUAAAUUCACAAAUAUAUGUAAUAAAAUGUUUUGUAUAUAAUCUGGUUCUUUGUGUUUAUUCCUUGCACAUUCAAGUUUGGAAUAAAUUAUGUUUGUGAAGUAGAGAUAUGCAACCUGAGGCCUUCCACUGAUGUUGGAUUACUAUUCUUCCCAUAAUACUUAUACAGUGUAUAUUCUGGAUGGAUUUCAAAGCUUACAACUGAAUAAACCUGAAGGGUACUAUUGGAUCUCAAUACUACAAUUUUAGCAAUACUUCUCAAUACUUGAGGGUUGGUAAUAAGGACUAUGGAUUUAAAUAGUUCUAAUAAGAAUUAAUUUAAUGUAACUUGACACUGCAAAGUGAUGGCAGUCAGUUACCACAGGUGUAAUUGAGGUCAUGUUUCAAACACUAAACUUGCCAAAUAGCUCUUUCAAAGUGAAACGCUAUUGUCUGCUCAAUCGUGCUUUCGUCCCUCUCAUCCUACCAGUUAAUAAGACCAGUUAACUCCAAAUUUGCUUCACCUACUUCCAUUCCAAAAUAGAUAACACCGCUUUCAAGCUACACAGAAUCUUGGAAUUGGAAGAUGGUGUUUUGGCCACUGAUUCCAAAUUCUUAUUCAGUUCACAUGACACAAUCUUAUGUGAACUGAGCAAGUUUGAAAUCAUUGGCCAAAACACCGUCUUCAAUUCCAAGACUGUGUAGCUUGAAAGCGGUGUUAUUUAUUUUGGAAUGGAAGUAGUCAGAAUUUUAUGUGUAUGUGCUCAAGAUUCUAAUAAAAAUGUAAUAACAAGAUCUCCCUUCAAUUUGAUGAGAUAUCUCAUCAAAUUGAAGAGAUAUCACUAUAUGAGAAUUCAUUUAAACCCACCAUGGGUCCACUGUGGAGUCAAUUCAUAGGUAUUACCAUCCAUAAUGGUUUUUGGUCAAAUGCUUUACUGAGCUCAAAAUAUGUCAUUACCACAGCAUCCUUGAAAACUACGUGAUUAAAAGAAAGAAUUUAACAGUCUUAUUUUGGACAAGACUACAUCAGACUACAAACAUAGCUUCUGUAUAUUUUUCACAACUGGAAUCAGUUUAUUUUUAAUUAGCUAUAAACAUUUUAACUGAUUUCCUAAUUAUUUAGAUCUUCUGCCCUUAAAAACACACAAAAGUUUCAGGUAAAAUUAUAACUGAUUAAAGCUUUUCUAAAAUAGCCUUAUUUUUUCAAACUUAAAUCAAUAGGUAACAGUGUUUUCUAUGUGUACAAACACUCAGUGCUGGCAUCAAUUACCCACAAAUUGAGACAGUUUAAAAAAUACCAAAGACCUGGGAAAAUGUAACUUUUAAAAUCUGUUCAGAGGAAACAUUAAUAUUUAAGGAUAUUUGAAUAGUCUCAUGUUUGAUUAAAUAUAUCGAAAGUGUGGAAUUUGCUUUAAAUCAUUAAUACAUCAAAAUAUGUCCCAAUGAUUAAUUGUAAUAAAAAAUGUUUAUGAUCAAAUCAUUCUAAAUUUUUUAAAAAGUGAAGCUAAAUUUGCUGGCUAUGAAACACAAAUGUCAAAUUUUCUGAAAAAUCCCUUUGUAUUCAAUUAACUUAUGUAGAAUAAGAUAAACCUUGUUCAAAUGUAUUGUUCCUUGCUAACAAUAUAUUUUGCUAUCAAAAACUCCAGUUAAGGAUAAUAUACGAAACACUCAUUUUUAAUAUCCUUAAUAUGUGGAAUAAAAAUAGUAUCUUAUUUUUAAGUGGUAAAUCAGCAGAUAUCAUAGAAAGAGAGCUUUUUCACUAUUUUAUUUGGACUUGCACAUACUAAUCACAGGCCUUGAAAUAAAACCUGAUAUUCAUGAAAGCAGAACAGGUCCCUAGAGUAUUUUUAAUAGAACUUGAGCAAAGUGUCUUAUUUAUAGGAAUUAUGGCUUAAAAAUGACAAAUCCAGCCAGUAACACGAAAAGCAGCAAAGUCCGCUACAGGCCUAUGAGGGUCCCACUUUUGGAAAGAUUUGAAGACACACAAACACUAACUCUAAAAGAGAAGUGGGGAAAAUAGUGCUGGCUUCUACUUCCCCAUGCAGUGUUUAUAAGGACUCUUGGCUAAAAAGGGAUUAUGGCAACACUGAAUAAUUGCAAAAUGCAGACAAAAUAUACUCUGAGUAGAAGAAGAUGAAAGUUUUGGCAAACAAUUGCAUACAAUCCUCUGUUAUAUUUUG